AUGAUAAAAAAGAAUAAAGUGGAGAAUCUUAAGGGGAGAUUGGGGUUUGAGAACUCUUUGGAAGUGGCAAGUAGGGGGAAGUCUGGUGGAUUAUGCUUGUACUGGAAGGAAAAAAUAGAUUUUAGAUUAGUUUCCUUCUCACAAAAUCAUAUAUAUGGGGAUAUUACUACUUCGGAGGGGAAUUGGCGCUUUGUUGGUGUAUAUGGGUGGCCGAAGGAAGAAGAUAAGCAUAGAUUGUGGAAUUUGAUUCGACACUUAUGCUUUGAAACCUCACUGCCGAUUCUAUUUGGAGGGGAUUUCAAUGAAUUCCUCUUUUAUGGUGAGAUAGAGGGAGGGGCGGAUAGAAAUAGAAGGGAAGUGGCUAACUUUAGAGACAUGGUUAAUGACUGCAGACUUCGAGAAUUGGGUUACACGGGAAGCUGGUAUACUUUGGAAAGAGGAAGCUCCGUGAAUACUUGGGUAAGGGAAAGAUUAGACAGGUUCUUGGCUUCUAGCUCAUCGCAUCGCUUGCUCCCCAAUGCUAUUGUUGAUCGAGCAUCUCGUUCGAUACAAGAAGCUUGGGACAAGUCAGAGGGUCGCACUACUACUGAAAGAUUAGUUGCAAUCGCUCAGGGACUUGGGGCAUGGAGUAAGGAAAAAUUUCGGAAGCUUGAUGAGGAAAUUGAUGAAACCGAAAAGGCAUUACUUGUGGCACAACAUAAAUCGAAUGAGGACAUAAUAGAAGAUGUUUUAACAAAAAAAUUUAAUUCUUUAUUCUCGUCUUCAUCUCCUCCUGAAAAUGACAUAAAGGAAACUCUUGAGAAUGUUAAUCAUUGCAUCAUAGCUGAUAUCAGCAGAGAACUCUUAAGGCCUUUUACUAAAGAUGAGAUUGCCGCGGCUCUAAAGCAAAUGCAGCCAUGCACACUUCGAACGACGCCUAGAGAUGCGGAAGGUCAUUUUAUCCUUAGUGAAGAGAAUUCUGCUCCUACUAAGAGUGGUUUUGACUCCAUUUGUGACCUCAUUGUGAGUUGGAAAAAGCUUGGACCGAAGACCAUACAAAGGGGCAUGUUUCUUACCUGGUGUAUUUGGGGUGUUCGAAAUAGUAAAGUUUUCCAGAAUAAAUCUUCUCCGAAUACAGUAAUUGUGGAGCGUGUGAACAGUUAUUUUAGCAACAAUUUAGAAGCGAAAUAUUUGAUUUAUUCUGUUGAUAUCAUGACUAGCAAUUCUCAAACUCGUCUAUACCUAGAUCUGUCUAAGGUUGAGUCUCUUGAUGGAAUUAAUUAUAAGAGAUGGUCACAAAGGAUGUUGAUUGCUUUUGAACAAGUAGAAAUUGAUUAUGUUUUGUUUAGAGAUGCUCCAAAACCCAUUGAGCAAACCAAUACCAUGAUUGAAAUUCCUAGUACUCCUGCUCCUGGGAAUAAAGAAUCUAGCUCUAGUCAAAGGAUUACUACUGUUAUUACUAAUGAAUCUGAAAUCAAGAAAUUUGAUCGUGAUAAUAAAUUCAUUAGAGGUCAUCUUUUGAACAGCAUGAAAAACAACAUCUUUGAUUUAUAUGUUAAUAUGAAAUCUGCUAAGGAGAUGUGGGAGUCUUUAGAGAAGAAAUAUGGUGCUGAUGAUGCUGGGAAAAAAAGUAUGUGA